AUGAACGACGAAAUUCUCGAGUAUGAUGAGGGACAAGCUAAAGAAGAGCUGAUGCCAUCCAGUUCGAGAUUUCUUGAUGAUGACAUUCAUAAUCAAGCACUACUAGAAUUGAAUGAUGAAGCUUUUCUAGAUUUGGUUUCUUCAGAUAAUGAAUCUAAUGAUUCAUAUGAAAAACCUCGAUGUGCACCAGAUGAAAUACCUGAAUCCGAAGAUUUCGCAAAUUGGUACAGCAAUGAAUCGUUCUCACAACCUGUGCAAUCGUCGCCAAUACUCAAAGAAAUCCAAUUAAACACAAAUAAAUUCAUAGCAUCUUCAACUUCUUCUGAUAAAAGAUCAUCGAUAUGUAUAGCGCGCUCAGUUUCUGAUGGUGUAUGUAUGGAGAGAAAGAGAAAGAAGAGAACAAAAGAUGAAAUAAACGCUGAACGGGCUGCAAAAGAAGAGGCAAGAGAAAAAAAGAAACAAGAAAGGAUAGAAAAAAAGAAGCGAACUGAGCUCGAGAAACAGUUAGCUAAAUUUGAACGGGAAGUAUCCGCAGCGAAAAAAUCGAAAUGUGAACAGAAUCUGUUCUGUGUUAUCAGUCUAGAUUUAAUUUCUGCAAUAGAUAAUUUAGACAAGCUAGUCAUGAAAAUAUUCACGGAUCGAGGUAUUCGUGAUCAACUCCUUUUCGAAGUUGCUGGCAUGACAGUUUGUUGGAAAAGAAGAGUUUUGCAGGGAGAAGUGGAAAAUAACGAAUUUAUUCGUAGCGAAAAGUUGAUGUAUGAGCAAUUUUGUAUUUUGUCAAUGAAUGCGCAACGCUAUGAUCAGUUCAAAUCAGCUGAAGACGUUGCAGAAUUCAUUGAAGAGUGUCUAAAAAAGUAUCCAUUUCCAUCACCACAGCUUACUCUUGUUGUUCAUGGCCCGUUAAAGUUGCGAAAAGAAAAAGCAAGUGUCCUACAAUUUAAACUCGUGGCAGAUUUUGUUUUGGAAAUUUUUGAACGUUUUCGAGCUCAGACUCGUUUUAUCUUAAGUGCGGAAGAAUAUGCUAUGCUUAUUGCUCAAAUGCAUCGAGCCAUUGCGCGAAAUGCAAACCGCUUGGAAGAACAAAUUCUGCCUAUUGUAAAUAUCGAGAAAGGUAUCACUGAAAGUGAUGAUUCAGCCAUUAUAUCUGAUUGGUGGAUGAAAAUGUUAAGUCAGAUCCAUCGCAUGGGAACCGAUGCACAGCGGACAAUUGUAAAGGCAUUUCCAAGCCCACAUGCUCUUUCGAAGUUAUUAAGGACGAUGCCAAUGAAAGAAGGAAUAAAAAUGUUGGCUGAUACGAAGAUGGACUAUGACAAAAGAAUUGGACCAGUGUUAGCGCGUAAAAUCUAUUUGAUGCUUACAAGUGUUAAUGGUACCGAAAUUAUUGAUGAAAACUGA